UCCUCUCAAUAAAGAUCUCAGUCAAUCUUUUUGUUCCAUGUAAAAGGUAAUCAAAAACUUGAAAUUGAGUUAUCUAUUAUUGUGUGUUUUGCCCAAUGGUAAAAUCAAGACUAAAACUUUAACCAUGCCACUUACUCUGUCACACCUUCUCUCUAAAAUUUGAUCUUUCGCCAAUGGAGCAAAAGAUUUGAUCUUUGGGAACAUUUCGUUUUCUCAAUAAAAGACAUUCUCUCUCUCUUUCUCCUACCCAACCAACACCUUCUCUCUCUAUACGUAGCGACAAUAAUUCUGGAACCUCCUCUACAUUACAAAAAAACACCAAUACACAUACACACACACGUAUGACGUAUACACAUAACAUUGGAUAUUAUAUAUAAACAUUUACAUACACUUCUUCUUCACACACACACACACUCUCCAAAAUUGAAGCCCCCAAUCAAAAAUCUCAAUCUCUCUUUAGGGUUCUUCUUCUUGUUCAAUAAAUUGAGUGAAAAUUUCGAAACUUUCCAUCUGGGUUUUAACUCUAUCAUAAAAAUUCACAGAAAUGAUGAGAGAUGGUGAAGAAGAAGAAGAAGAGAUGAUGAUGAUGAUAGCAACAAAACCUGCAUGGCUUGAAGGAUUAAUGGCGGAAACUUUCUUCUCAAGCUGUGGAAUCCACGAAACUCGCCGUAAAAGCGAAAAGAACGUUUUUUGCUUACUCUGUUGUCUCAGUGUUUGUCCUCACUGUCUCCCUGCACAUCGCUCUCAUCCUCUUCUUCAGGUGAGACGAUAUGUAUACCACGACGUCGUUCGGCUGAGUGAUCUUGAGAAGCUCAUAGAUUGUUCAUAUGUUCAGCCAUAUACAAUUAACGGAGCCAAAGUGAUAUUCAUAAAUCAAAGACCACAAUCAAGAGCUAAGGUUUCUUCAAAUGUUUGCUUCACUUGUGAUAGAAUCCUCCAAGAACCAUUCCACUUUUGUUCCCUCUCUUGCAAGGUGGAUUAUUUAUCAUAUCAAGGAGAUGAUUUAUCAAGCGUUCUCUAUAGAAUUGAUGAAUCGGACUUCACGUUCGAGGGUUUGAGAAUGGACGGACAUGAUCAGCUCGGAGAAAUAUCGACCAUGGAGGAUGCGGAGGAUAUAAUGGUAAUUUCAGAUGAAUCAGAGCAAGGUAACAAUAGUCAUAAAAAAGAGAAGAAGAAGAACAAGAAGAAGAAGCAAGAGAACAAUUACUUGCCUGGGAUGGUUCUUUCAUCACUUGGUAAUAGAAGAAAAGGUGCUCCUCAUAGGGCUCCUUUUUCAUAAUUAUAAAACAAUAAAAUCAUAGGCAAAAAUCAUUUACAUAUAUUUAAAAAAUAAGCAUUCCAUAUAAAUAUGUAUCGUGUUUCUUUUAUUAGGUAUAUCUUAUAACGGGUACGAUAAAAUAAGUAGUACUCUUUUAUCACGAAAAUGUGUUUAGUUAUUUGUGGGGUUUUUUUUCUUUCUUUUGUGGGUAAUGUGAAAUUAGCUUCUUGUAUUUGUUGAUGAAUUAUUGGUCUCUUCAUGAAUAAAAGAAGUUGAAUGUGAUUUUGGUACUUU